ACCAGAUUUCUCUUUCUCAUGUCUUUAGGAAGUGCAUUCCAGAGUUUGGGAGCAGGUUGAGGCCACUGUUUAAAGUCAGAACUGGUUUAUAACAAGAUAUGCUGGUUUCCUACACACAUCAAGACAAUACAGGACAUAUGACAACCCACCACCACUGAGUUCAAGUGCACCAAAUAUGCCUCCUCCAGCUACAACCAAUCUGGGCUACACUCCCCCGGACGGAGGCUGGGGCUGGGUAGUAGUUCUGGCUUCUUUCAUCUCUAUAGGAUUCUCCUACGCUUUCCCCAAGUCCCUCACUGUGUACUUCAAGGAGAUUCAGGAAUAUUUUGGCGUGUCCUACAGUGAGAUAGCAUGGGUGUCCUCUGUUAUGCUUGCCUCUAUGUAUGCAGCAGGGCCCAUCAGCAGUGUUCUGGUGAAUCGUUAUGGCAGCAGACCUGUGGUGAUGGUGGGUGGGUUGAUUCUCAGUGCUGGCAUGAUCCUAGCAUCCUUAGGCACUUCCAUCAUUCAUCUUUACCUCUGUGUUGGAGUAAUUGGGGGUUUUGGACUUGCUUUCAACCUGCAGCCUGCUUUGACAAUAAUCGGCACUUACUUCCAGGCCAAAAGGCCACUCGCCAAUGGUCUUGCAAUGACAGGCAGCCCAGUGGUUUUGUUCACUCUGGCUCCUCUGAACCAGUUUCUGUUUGAUUCGUUUGGCUGGAGAGGGAGCUUCCUCAUUUUAGGAGCCAUAGUCCUGAACUGCUGUGUAGCUGGUUCUCUGAUGAGGCCAGUGAAUAAAAUGGCUGUGCCUAAACCAAAGGCAGAGCCUGCAGAGGUUAAUGGAGCAGAGGACGCUGCUGCAGAGGCCCUUAGGAUUGAGGACAACCCUAAGAGCCAGAGCUGUGUGCACAGAUUCAUCGACUUCUCCCUCUUCAAACACAGAGGCUUCCUCAUUUACUUAGUUGGGAAUGUCGUCAUGUUCUUUGGCCUUUUUGCUCCAAUUGUCUUCCUUGCACCGUACGCCAAACAUCAGGGAAUAGAUGAAUACUCUGCAGCUUUUUUGCUCUCUAUAUUUGCCCUCGCGGAUAUGUUUGUUAGACCAGCGACUGGCUUUAUUGGCAACACUAAAUGGAUCAGACCAAAGAUCCAGUACUUCUUUGCCUUUGCAGUUUCAUACAAUGGUGUGUGCCAUCUCCUGUGCCCACUGUUCUCUGGAUACACAGGUCUGGUGGUCUAUGCAAUCAUCUUUGGCAUUGCCUUUGGCAUGGUCUGUGCUCUGCUCUUCGAGACUCUCAUGGACCUGGUUGGAGCUAAGCGUUUUUCCAGUGCAGUGGGGCUAGUCACUAUCAUAGAGUGUGCUCCUGUUCUGCUCGGACCACCAAUAUCAGGUGCAAUGGUGGAUACCUUUGGAGAAUACAAAUACAUGUACUACACAUGUGGAGUGCUAAUGCUGCUCCCUGGCAUCUUCUUCUUUAUAAUGAACUACUACAACUACAAGAAACUGGAGGAGGAGCAGAAGCAGAGUGCAUCUGUAGAAAUGAGGACUGCUGAAGACUCAACUCAACAAAAACUCGUUCAAAAAGACGACUUAACAAAUGAAACAGAAAAAUGAACCUCCUACCAGAAAAUAGCACAGACUUUCCAUUAAGCUGUUAAUAGCUGAAUACAUUCUGGGUUGAAAUUUUCAAAAAUUAUUAGAACUAAUAUAUUGUAAAACAUUAGUUGUGGUAAAGUUAAGUUGCCCAGUCAAACCUACCUGUUCAUUUAAAGGUUAACAUAACAUAUAAUGUUACUUAAAAAAAAAAAAAUAUAAAUUAUUAUAAAUUAUUAUAAAUAGGACUAAGAUGAGUUACACUGAUAAACUCUAUUAUAUACGUACAUAUUAUUUUACUAAGAAGCCAUGGUAAACAAUGGUAAAAGAAUUGUGAUUUUAUUUUAAGUAAAUAUGGUUAGUCACAUUAGGUUGUUUACCCAUGUAUUCCCUGAGUCACUAAUGUAACUGUUGUGCAGUGCAUAGUGAAUCAGUUGUUAAUAAAAUGGUUUGGAGGAAACCAUAUGGAUUAGAAUUGUGUCCGUCUCCUUUAAAUGUGUCCCAAGAGUGCGGCCCCCAGACAGGCCCCGUGCUUUUGUGUGUAUUAAAGGUUAUUUGAGCACACGUCAUGGGAUCAAAGACCUCCCCACUGUGACUUUCUGCCCAAAAGUCCGAGACUGCAGCACAAACACAAACCCGUGAUCCACACUUUCUUUUGUACAGA